AACUCUUUCCCCGACUUUGUUGUAUCUCUGGAGUUACUCGCACCACCAGCGAGAGAGAGAUCUAUCGAACACCUCCGCUUCAAUUUCCAAACUCCUCAUCUUUCUCAAUUAUUGCUCCAUUAAAUUCAUAGAAGAAUUUCGCGUUUAUUCCUUUGAUCUUUGGAGAAUCUUGUAUAAAUCCUGUGCUUCUAUUCUUUUCUGCUAUCAUUUUCUCCUAGAUUCUGUAGGUUAUGCCUUUUUGUUCGUUUGGUCCAAUUUGAUCUCCAAAGCGAAGCUUGAAAUCGUCCGUGGAAGAUUUCUAUCGUUUACUCUGAUUUCAGUAUCCUUGUUGGGAGAGUUCUAGGGUUUUAGAAAAUGCAACAGAGGUUAAAGCAGCAAGCCCUGAUGCAGCAGGCGUUGCUUCAGCAGCAGCAACAGCAGCAACAGCAGCAGCUUUAUCAUCCCGUGCUCGCUGCCGCGAUGUCUCAGAUGGAGCCGGUUCCAAGUGGAAAUCUGCCUCCUGGGUUUGAUUCAUCUUCAUGCCGCAGUGUGUACGUGGGCAAUAUUCAUCCCAAUGUGACCGAGACUUUUCUUGCAGAGGUCUUCCAGAGUACUGGUCCACUUGAAGGAUGCAAGCUCAUCAGAAAAGAGAAUUCACCUUAUGGGUUUGUGGACUACCAUGAUCGAAGGUCUGCUGCACUUGCUAUAAUGACAUUGCAUGGACGACAACUUUACGGUCAGGAAAUUAAGGUGAACUGGGCAUAUGCCAGUGGCCAGAGGGAGGAUACUUCAGGGCACUUCAAUAUUUUUGUUGGUGAUCUGAGCCCUGAGGUUACUGAUUCAACAUUAUUUGCCUGCUUCUCUGUAUAUCCAAGUUGUUCGGAUGCAAGGGUCAUGUGGGAUAACAAAACUGGGCGAUCAAGGGGAUUUGGGUUUGUUUCUUUUCGUAAUCAGCAGGAUGCACAAAGUGCUAUAAAUCACUUGACUGGGAAAUGGCUUGGAAAUAGGCAAAUUAGAUGUAAUUGGGCAACCAAAGGAGCUGGAUUUAAUGAAGACAAGCAGAACAGUGAUAACCAAACAACAGUAGUACUUACAAACGGUUUGUCAGAUGGAGGUCCUGAAAAUACCAAUGAGGCACCAGAAAAUAAUCCGGCUUACACAACUGUAUAUGUUGGCAACCUUGCUCAUGAGGUGACUCAAGCAGAACUUCAUCGUCAGUUCCAUGUCCUUGGGGCGGGGGUUAUUGAAGAGGUGCACAUCCAGAAGGAUAAGGGGUUUGGUUUUGUAAGGUAUCGCACUCAUGAAGAAGCGGCCUUGGCCAUUCAGAUGGCCAAUGGAAGGAUAGUAUGUGGAGGAAAAUCCAUUAAGUGUUCAUGGGGUAGCAAGCCUACUCCUCCAGGUACUGUUUCGAACCCACUGCCUCCUCCAGUUGCCCCUUUCCAGAUCCUUCCAAUUGGAAUGAACCAGGGCUAUUCGGCAGCAGAUUUGUUGGCCUACCAGCGCCAACUUGCCUUGAGCCAGGCUACUGGUUCUGGAUUAACAGGCCAGGCUCUUAUGCAGAUGUCUGGACAACAGGGCCUUGCUGCAGCAGCAUCCAUGGGUUUGAGCUCUGGUGGAUCCCAGGCCUUGUAUGAUGGUUAUCCAAACAACUCAUCCAAUCAGCAACUCAUGUACUAUCAUUGAUAUUCAUGUAUUGUGUAAUCCUUGGUUUUGGAUUUCCCCCCCUUUCUGAUGGCAUAGGUGGAGCGUAGAUUUUCCGUUUUUGUUUUCUGCUUUCAUUUUCCCACUUUUGAUAUGGGGGAAAUGUACCGAUGUACCAGAUGAUAUGUUGCUUUAACUACAGGUUAUGUUUCUUUUUCAUGUUUGUCUCGGUUCUUUGUAAGCUUUGAACUUUUGUGUUUCUGAAAUAUAUGAAUGCCUUAAAUCUUCAUUGCA